UCUCUCUCUCUCUCUCUCUCUCUCUCUCUAAAACUGUACACUUAAUCUACCUUUAAACAAUUUGUAACUGUCUUAUCCUAUUAUCCAUCGAGCCUUUAUCAACGAAUCCAAAUUCAGCGGCUCAUUUUCACCUAUUCUUUCAGAGUGAUGAGAUUGAUGAAGCUUUCUUCUCAAGAAAAUGCAUGCACUUCUUUUGUGGGAAUUCAGAAGUGUGCCGUUGAUUAAGAGCUUAUACUUGCUUUACAUAGUCUAUCUACUGAAGAACAAGAAGCUUCCAUUCUUGAAUUCCAUCAAGGUACAAAGCGGUUCUUUGGAAAAUCCCAAAUAAAUCUUUGCCAGCGUGAUCAUCUAAUGUCUGAAGGUCCUAUGGCAAUUGUCAAACCAGAGAUGAAGAGUUACAUCUGGCUCCAAACUGCUGAUGGUUCAAUCCAACAAGUGGAGGAAGAGGUUGCGAUGUUUUGCCCCAUGAUAUGUCGAGAAGUACUCCAAACCGGCAUGGGAUCCUCCAAAAACUAUGCCAUAUCCCUUCCUCAACGAGUCAAUCCUGCUAUCUUGGGCUUAAUACUUGAUUACUGUCGUUUCCAUCAAGUUCCUGGUCGCUCUAACAAGGAGCGGAAAACUUUUGAUGAAAAGUUCAUUCGGUUAGACACAAAGAAGUUAUGCGAGUUGACCUCUGCUGCUGAUAGCCUCCAAUUGAGGCCGUUGGUUGACCUUACCAGUCGUGCACUUGCUCGAAUGAUAGAAGGCAAAACUCCUGAGGAAAUACGUGAAACAUUUCACUUACCGGAUGAUCUUACAGAGGAAGAGAAGUUGGAGCCCUUGAGAAAUAUGACAGAUGACCCACGGAUCCGGCUUCUAAAUCGGUUAUAUGCAAGAAAGAGAAAAGAAUUAAAGGAUAGGGAGAAAAUGAAGAACAUUGAGAUUGAAGAAGAGCAUGUGGAUGAGCGCUCAGUGGAUGAUCUGUUGUCAUAUAUAAAUGGUGGAGAUGGAGAUUCAAAAGGCGGUAGAGCUAAUAAGAAUAAGAAGAAAAAUCGGCGGAAAAAAGAUCAGCCAAGAAACUCUUCUUCAAACUAUGAAAAUGGAAACCAUAAGAAUGGUGAGGUUGAUGACGUGUCCUCUCCAAGUAAAUUUUCAAAAUUCCAAGCUUCCGCAUCUGCUAUCUUUUCCCCUAAGCUUGACUUUGAUGAUGGUGAUAUUGAUGACGAGUUGGAUCCUGCCAUGAAGGAAGAACUUGACAGGGAAGUGGAGGAUUUCGCGAGGAGAUUGAACUCUGUUUGGCCAGAAAGAAUGCAUGAUAUCCUAUCACUGGGCCAAGAAAGGAGGCUUGCACCAAUAUCCAUGAAUGGAAAUGGUUCUUUGCAGAGGUGUACAGGUGAUGAAUUAGCUGACUGGCAAUUUACAACACCCCUCACCCACCCCCGGCGAGCCAAAUGAAGGGGGAAAAAGUAAGGAUGGAAAAAUAUGCAGCAUAAUAGAGAGGCUCGAGUUGCAUACAUCUCGCAAAUAUUGAUGCACAUUUUGAUUUGUGAAACAGGUUUAGACCGGAGAUAACAACCCAAUUGCAGAUGACCUAUUUCUCAGAGAGCAGCCUGAGCAGUUUGGGCUAUAUGCAGGACGGAGGUUGAGGACCCAGUGGAAAUAGUGAUGUUUACUUUGGAUUGCUUUUUAAGUUUGCCUAGGGGCCAUCUUCUCUCUUGGGUACAAAAAAAAAAAAAACACAGGCAAAAAGAAGAAAAAGAAUUUGUGAAUUUGUUUCUUCAAGCAGUAAGUCUUGCUUGUGUUUUCUUGAAUUCAUGUUCGUUCACAGUUGUUUUAUCCUUCCACAAGUUCAAUUAAAAUUUUUGUUUCAG